AUUAACUUCACUAUAAAAGGGCAACUAAGAUUGUAGAUCGAUCAUUAUGAGCCAAAAGAAGAUCGAUCAUGGCUUAUAUCUCCUCUCUAUCAUCUUUCUCCCUCUCCAAUUUCUCUGCACCUCUUCCCAUUUCCAUCUGUUCCUCAUCUUCCGCCUUCCUAACUUCCCAAAUACCAUGCAAACCCACCAAACGUAGCAAACCAAAAGGCCAUCAUGUUUCCAAAGUGUCAUGCAACAGUAACCAAAACACCCCAACACCAAACCCAGAAGAAGAAAAACCAUCGUCAUACAACAUUCUAGGAAAACAUAGGAGGGAUGUUCUCCUUGGCAUUGGAGGCCUUUACGGUGCUUCUGCUCUUAGCAACACCAACCCUUUAGCCAUGGCUGCAGCUCCUAUUCUCGAGCCUGACCUAGAACAUUGUUGUAUAACUGAUGAUGUACCACCUAAAGGGGUCAUCGAGGCACAAGUCUAUUGUUGCCCACCAAAAUCUUCUUCCCCUCCUAUAGAUUUCAAGUUGCCUAAAGGAACACCCCUCAGGGUUAGACCACCUGCUCAAUUUGUGACCGAUGAGUACCUAGAAAAGUAUAAGUUAGCCCUUAAGCGCAUGAGAGAGCUUCCAUCUGAUGAUCCUCGAAGUUUCAAGCAACAAGCUGAUAUCCAUUGUGCUUAUUGUGAUGGUGGCUAUAAGCAAUUAGGGUUCCCAGUUGAGCUAGACUUCAAAGUCCACUUUUCAUGGAUAUUUUUCCCUUUCCACCGUUGGUACCUCUAUUUCUAUGAGCGAAUCUUGGGUAGCUUGAUUGAUGACCCAACCUUUGCACUUCCGUAUUGGAACUGGGACAAUCCUGAUGGUGGCAUGGUAUUGCCUUCCAUUUUCGCAGAUGAAGACUCCCCUCUAUAUGACCCUCGCAGGAAUCCAGACAUCACACCAACUACUCUCGUAGACCUAAACUAUGGCAGUGGAAAGGAACCAAGCGUAGAACAAAACCUCGGUGUAAUGUAUACGAGUGUUGUCUCUGGUGCGAAACGCGCAUCGCUCUUCCAUGGAAAACCAUUUCUUGCUGGAAAGCAGCCUGAGCUAGGUGGAGGGACCGUAGAGCUUGGUCCUCAUACUGCUGUCCACCGUUGGACCGGUGAUCCAAGACAACCUAACAAAGAGGACAUGGGGAGGUUCUAUUCUGCUGGAAGAGACCCCGCUUUCUAUUCUCACCAUGCCAACGUGGAUCGUAUGUGGAAUAUAUGGAAAACAAUACCAAGUGGAAAAAGAAGGGAUUUCAAAAACCGUGAUUGGUUGGAAACCUCCUUUUUCUUCUACGAUGAGAACAAGACCCUUGUCCGUGUGAAGGUGAAAGACAGCCUUGACACGAAUAAGAUGGGUUAUGUUUACCAAGAUGUCGCCAUUCCAUGGCUCGAGAAAAAGCCUAAACCCAAAAGAACUAGAAAGGCUAAGAAGGUGGCGUUCGCACAACAAUUUGGCGGCAUUGGUGCAGCAAUGGCUGCUGAGACUGGGCCAAGUUCCAAGUUUCCUCUCACUUUGUUGGACUCAAAGGUAACCCUACUAGUUAAAAGGCCAAAGCAGUUGAGGAGCAAGAGGGACAAGGAGGAAGAGGAAGAAGUGUUGGUGAUUGAUGGGAUUGAGUUUGAUGGGGAUGAUGAUGUGAAGUUUGAUGUCUAUAUUACUGAUGAAGAUGUCGAGGAUAUUGGACCAGAGAGCACAGAGUUUGCAGGAAGCUUUUCGACUCUGGGUCAUUCCCAUUCGAACAUGAACAUGGACAAGAAGAUCAAAACUAGCUUGACACUGGGAAUAACAGAUUUGUUAGAGGACUUGGAUGCUGAAAAUGAUGAUAGUGUUUUGGUCACAUUGGUACCACGAUCUGAGAAUGUAAGCAUCACAAUUCAGAACAUAAAGAUAGAGUUUGAGAAGGAAGAGUGAAAAUAUGUCACUCAUUUACUACUAAACUAUUGCAUGCUUGGUGAGGUGUUUCCAACAUGCAAAUGAGUUUAAAUUUAUAUCAGCAUGUUUAGCAAUUUCAAAGCAAAAAAAAAAUAAUCAUGUUUUAAUUGCUCAAUAUGGCAAAAGUAAUAUGUUGUUGUUUUAUUGGCAAA